CCGCGCACCAUGGCCAGAGAAUAUGGACUAUUCAUUGUCCAUAGCAUCGGGUAGGUGACAGUUUACAGUAGGUUGAACAAAAGACAAUCCCCGGCCAUGUCACGCGCCAGCUGGCUGGAUCGACAUCAGAUCCUUGGCCACGACAUUCCACCUCUUCGGUCUGGUGCCACCAACAUAACCUGUUGCAUCAGCAGGAUAAAAUGAGUGCUGGGUAGUUGUCCUUUCCUUUCCGUGGCUUGGAAGUUUAUUACGUUUAUGGGAGUGCGAAGUCAUGAAUAUGUUCUUGCUAUUCCGCUAGACGACUCUACAGAGAGAGUGUUCAAGUACCUCCGUCAAUGCGCCAUUGCAUCAUCGGCAUGUGGCAUCUAGACGUCUCCUUUAUUCGAGAUACGAUAUUAAUCGACCUCCGACGACAAUGGUGGACAUGUCAUCGUCAAGCCCGCCAAACAUAGCGGAGUCUAAACCACGAGAGCUGGCGCCAGGACUGCUAGCGGAGCUGCGCAGAAGGGAAACAGAGGAUGAAAAGAGUCGGAAAAAGCCGUGGUGGAAACUGAAGAUGAGGCCAUAUCAGGACGAAGAUGAAGCCACCUGGUGGUUCGCCUCGACUGCAAUUCCUCUCAUCGCGGCCUCACUAGGACCUCUGGCCAAUGUCUUCUCGCUGGCCGCGUUGGUGACGUUUUGGAAAAUGUGGAUUAUAGAUCCGACCACCGGCGAAGAGUUGACAGAGUUAACUGGUAUACCGAUACAAGAUCCACGAUGGUGUUAUUGGCUGAACGUUGGAUCACUGAUAUGUGGCUUUGUUGGCAAUAUAUUCCUUCUUUUCAACUUUACUCAACGAAUCCGAUACAUUAUCGCGCUGCCCGCCACGAUUGUUCUAUGGUACGUUGCUACUGCUAUUCUUAUCGCAAUCACGGCGUCCAUGAAUAUCUACUACGAACCUAUCCGGCCGCAGCAGACCUACUCGCAAGGGUUCUGGUACGCAUUGCUAGCGGCUAUCGUAUAUAUGCUUUGUUCUAUGCUCCUAAUGGUCAAUAUGCUUGGCUGUUUCCUCGGUCACUACCCUCAGACGUUCCAGUUGAACGAUCACCAAAGGACGUUGAUCCUGCAAACCAUGCUAUUUUUCAUUUGGCUAGCAGGGGGUGCGGCUAUUUUCACCGUCGUUCAGAAUACUUACGGCGAAACAGAAAAGGAUUGGAACUUUGCUAAUGCACUCUACUAUUGUGAUGUGACCAUCCUCACCGUGGGAUUUGGUGACUUAGUUCCUGAUAACGACGUUGGUCGAGGUUUAGUAUUACCUUAUUCCGUUGGCGGCAUCAUCAUGUUGGGUCUAGUCAUCUCGUCACUCUCCAAGUUUGCCGGUGAACUAAGUCAGGAAAACGUGGUCAACAGACACAUUGAGAAAGAGCGGAUCCGAACCUUUGGCCGAACGGUCAGUAACUCAAUGCAACUUCAUCGCAAAAUAUCCGAAGUCCCGGCGAGCAUGUCAAAGCCUGCGGUCUCGGCACCUUCGGAAUCGCAUGUCAUCAAUCCUGCCGCCAUUCAAAUAGACGAUACCCUACCACAUCCACUGCACCACCACCGUCCUCUGCCAGGUAAACGGAGGCAAACGAUGCUUCAUCGCGCCGUCACGAGCAAGCCAAAGCUGCUCAUGUUACGAGAAGAGAAAGACCGCUUUGAGGCUAUGAGAAAAAUCCAGAAAUCUACCGUUGUGUUCAAGAGAUGGUGGGCUCUUUCCCUUUCCGUCACUGCAUUUGGAAUAUUGUGGUGUGUGGGAGCAGUCAUCUUCUGGCAAGCUGAACGCGAAAUACAAGGGAUGACUUAUUUUCAGGCCCUAUACUUAUGUUAUGUAUCGCUUUUGACUAUCGGCUACGGUGACUUGGCACCGCAGACUUCCGCAGGUCGAGCGUUUUUCGUAUUCUGGAGUUUGAUCGCCGUUCCGACCAUGACUCUGCUCAUUAGUGACAUGGGUGACACUAUCAUCCGAGGCUUCAAACAAGGAACUUUCAAAGUGGCAGACUGGACCGUCCUUCCGAAGGCCGAUAUUGUUCAAUCGAUACUGGCAAUGUUCCCUCGUGUGCGGGACUGGUUCCAAAGGAAAGCGGACGAACGUAACGCACGGAGGCGAAUCGACCAAGGUUUCCAGGUGGAAAGCGGAGCGACAAACGGAUCCCCCUCCGGCCCAGAAGCUGCCAACGGUCCAAAUAUUGAUGAGCUUGGAAAGCAGGCAGAGAAGGAUACGGAAACGCCGCCGAGCGAUGUGGAGUUGGCGCGAAAACUCGCAGUUGCCAUUCGACGAACAGCCGAACACAUGAAGCGGGAGAAAGAGAAGAAGUACUCGUACGAGGAGUGGGUGGAUAUCAUUCGUUUGAUACGAUUUACCUCCCGGGGUCAAAGCAGGCCUGGAGACCUUGUCGAUCCGAGAAGCUCACGGGAGCUGGAGAGAAGAGAAGCGGUCUUGAGGGAGGAAGAGGAGGAGGGCCUGGUUGAGUGGGAUUGGAUCGGUGAAGACAGUCCAAUGAUGUCAGGGCAGUCGGAACCGCAGUUUGUCAUGGACCGACUGUGUGAAAGUCUGUCAAGAUGGAUUGGCGCCGUCGAUUUUGAGAGGACAGUAAAGGUGAAGGAUGCCGAAGGGUCCGAAGAAUUUGAAGGCGAGUAUGGGGACGAGAGACCAGAACGUUCCAAUGGCGGUAAUUCAGGUUCUUGCAAGUUUUCUAGGAAUCGGGACUUACAACAGGAUGGGUCAUUUGCAGCCGAAGAUACUGACGACAACAUUGGGAAAUGAAUUGCUCAUGAUACAGGUGUAUGAUAGUUAUGGUAUGGGACCAUAAUCGAACUGCGAU